UAGUCAACACUCCACACCAACAAAAAUCCCUUUCAUCUUCUUCAAUCCAGACACUUUACUCUCCACACAUAGCACAAUAAACCAAAAAAAAUCAAAAACUAUGUCCGAUUACAACACCCAAAACAACAGCGGAACAGCCUGUUUCCGCUGUUGUUUUAGUUUCGUCCUAACUCUAGGACUUACGGCCCUCUUUAUGUGGCUAAGUCUACGUACUUCAAAUCCAGUAUUAUCAAUCCAAGAUGUUUACAUUCCGGCCUUAAACAAAACCUUGAACUCCACAUCUUACCAAUCCAUUUACCUCGAUAUCAAACUCGAUAACGAAAAUAAGGACAAAGGUAUUUACUAUGAUCAAAUUAACAUCACUAUACGAUACCAUGAUCAAAUAAAUGCUACUAAACCUAGCCAAAAUAUUCCUAUAUCGAAUUACACGAUACCCGGGUUUUAUCAAGGUCAUAAAAAACAUACUCGGAGAAAAAACUGGACGGAUACUCAUGGGCUAUUGCCAUUAGAUGGAAUGGCGAUAUUUCGGGUUGACUUAAUGACUGGGAUUCGGUUUAAGAUAUUGUUUUGGAAGACCAAGAAACAUAGGAUUAAUGUUGGUGCUGAUUUUGAAGUUAGUGAUAAAGGUCAGAAAGUGCAAAAGAAAGGUACAAGGUUGAAAUCCGGUGUACCGGGGUUGUUUUCCGGUCAUUCUCCUGGAGCUUCGUUAUUGGUUGGUUUUAUUACUUUCGAAUUGGUGUUUUUUUAAAUAUUUUAUUUAAAUAGAUGUAGAUUGGUUUUACGUUUUAGACUUGACAACAAUUUGGUGUCUUGUAUUUGUAGUUGUGUUUAUAUUAAUUGUUAAUUCAUUACAGUAUAAUGAUUAUGAAGUGGUUGUUAAUUUGUUAU